UGCUCCCAACUCACAACUUAAGUCCUUCACGGCAAAACAACAUGCGCUCUUUGAACCUGUGCAUCUUCCUGAGCUUGACAGCGGCAGUGGUUUACUCCCUGCCCCUAGACAGAGAACAACCGCCACAACAAAUCACCCAUAAAGAUGAAGAAUUUGCAGAGAGCUACCUCAAGAGCUUCUUCAACCUCACCAAAGAGCAUGAGAGGUCUUUUGGUCGCCGGGGGGUCAACCCCAUGGUCGAGAAGCUCAGGGACAUGCAGCGCUUCUUUGGCCUGAGUAUCACUGGCACUGUGGACGCUGACACCAUGCAGAUGAUGAAGAAGGCCCGCUGCGGGGUCCCCGACACCCAAGUUGCCAGCUUCUCCACUUUCGCGGGGAACCUUAAGUGGCAAACAACGGCCCUCACCUACAGGAUUCUGAACUACACUCCGGACAUGUCCCGGGCAGAGGUAGACGAUUCUGUGGAAAAAGCGUUGAAUGUUUGGGCCAGGGUCACUCCCCUGACGUUUCGAAGGAUCGAGCGCGGUACCGCUGACAUCAUGAUCUCCUUCGCGCGCCGAUCGCAUGGUGAUGACUACCCCUUCGACGGCCCCCAGGGCACCCUCGCCCACGCCUUCGCCCCGUCCACGGGGAUCGGCGGCGACGCCCACUUUGAUGAAGACGAGGAUUUCACCUACCGCUCAACAAGAGGUUAUGUUCUUUUCCUGGUUGCGGCCCAUGAGUUUGGACAUUCCCUGGGCUUGGGCCACUCCAGGGACCCCGGUGCGCUCAUGUACCCAAAUUACAUCUACAAGAACCCCGACACGUUUCAGCUGCCCCGCGACGAUGUCAACGGAAUCCAGUCCCAUGUCCAUCCAGGUCCUAACGUGACCCCAAUUGAAACCACACCACCCACAACCCCCAACUCCUGCGACGCAACCAUGGUCCUCGACGCUGUGAGCACCCUGAGGGGCGAGAUGCUCUUCUUCAAGGGCAGUUUCUUCUGGCGUAAGCACCCCCAGAGCCCCAGGGCCCGGCAGUCCCUCAUCUCCAGCUUCUGGCCCAACGCCCCCGAAAAAGUCGAUGCUGCUUUCGAGAGCCGCCAGACUGACCGAGUCUAUCUAUUCCAAGGUCGUCAGGUCUGGGCUUUCUCCAGGUAUGAUCUGGCGAGCGGCUUUCCCAGGAAUAUCGACUAUUUCGGUCUGCCUAGGAACGUAAACAAAAUCAAUGCUGCCUUGUACGAUACCCAUACGCGCAGGACCUUGUUCUUUGUGGGCGACCAGUACUAUAGUUAUGAUGAGGCAAGACGAACGAUGGACGCAGGAUUCCCCAAGUCAAUAGAAACCCUCCUCCCAGGACACACCAGCAAGGUGACGGCUGGAUUCCAGUACAGAGGUUACACCUACAUUUACAGCGGGUCCAACAUGUUUGAGUACAGCCUGAGGACCGGAAGGCUGUUCCGUUCCCUGAGAAACGAUUACUUCCUGCCAUGCGCUAACUAGAAGAAUCUGACCUCAUAUUGUGUUUUAACAACCAAUGGCAGUCACAGUGAACAAACCAGUGUUACAUUUCUUUAUAAUAUAUUUAACAAAGAUCUAAUAAUUUUGUAGUAACUUUUAUUUUUUAAUAAACAAGAUUUUUCAAUCCUAAUUUAUUUGUACUAUGCAUCGACAAAAGAUUAAUUUAAACAAUAAAGACAUUUGAAUGUAA